ACUAAGCUAAACUUUUAUUUAUUUUUUCUUCUUUUCACUGUUUAGCGUCCUUUCAGGACAAGACACAAAUGAUUUUCUCCAAAAUUCCAAAUGUGGUCCAAACAUGCACUUCAUAUCACCAGCAAAAACAUACGCAAAUCAUAAGGCAAGAAUACAUGCCUGAAAUUCCAAUGUAAUAAUAAAUAUACAAAUAUUAAUGACACAGGAAAAACCAGCACUUCCUCUAGUGGAAACCCACAAAACCAUGUGACUGUUUGCCUAUUAAAAUGACAGGAAAUGCUUGUGAUAUGUUGUGAUGAUGUGUGCAAACCACGUCACUUAUUUAAAACAGUUUUACUGCAAAAAAAAAAAAAACACCUGGUGGAGAAUCCAUGACCAUUUUCCCCCCUAUAAACUCCUGGAUAUAAACACAUCUUCCAAAGCAAGAACUCACAGAUCUUGUGCAAACCCAUUACUCAGUAUUUCCAUACAGUCACCGAGCUAUGACGAAACAGACUUGAGAGAGCGGAUGAGAAUGAGAGAACGAAACUCUGCCGCAAUCAUUGACCUCCAUCUUCAGAUAGACUGAAGUUCAGGUUCCCGAAGAGAACACCAGACCCUUAAACCCAUCACAGCAACAAGCGGCUCGGCCCGGAAAACACAGAAAACUCAUGACGGCUCCAAAGACUCAGGCGGGGAAAAGGCCGAACAAGAAAAAGAUCAUCAUUACAGUCCUGAUAGUGGUGGUCGUCCUGGCCAUCUUGGCUGUGGCUGCUUACUUCAUCAAGCAGUUGAUCGAGAGCAAGUAUUAUUUUUGCUCCAAGUCAGUGAAGUUCAUUCCGCUGGAGAAGGCCUGUGAUGGGAAGGAGGACUGCAGCGGAGCCGAGGACGAGUCAGCCUGUGUCACCAAGUUUGGAGCCAACUCCACCUUCCCCCUACGGCUGAUAACAUCCCGCAAUGUGCUGCAGAUCUUCAGCCCUGAUGAGAAUAAAUGGAAAAGUGUAUGUUCAGACAGUUUCACCCAACAACAUGCUGAGACAGCGUGCAAGCAGCUGGGCUACUCAGUUAAACCCACUUACAGUGGAGUUCAAGUGGGUACACUGCCGACUGAUCUGAAGAUGUCUUUCUGUACGGUGGGCUCAUCUAAACCCCAGACCUUCCAGUCGACCGUAUCAGAUCUUAAAGUAUGCAGUAAGGGAGAAGUCGUUACAUUAACCUGCUCAGCGGAGUGUGGGUUGUCCAGAAACCAGGAGCGGAUUGUAGGCGGACAGGACGCUAUCAUUGAGAACUGGCCGUGGCAGGUCAGCCUGCAGAGCAUUGGCCAGCACACCUGUGGAGGGUCACUGGUGUCUCCAAACUGGGUCGUGACUGCGGCCCACUGCUUCAACGGGGAGGGUAGGAAGGCUCUGAUCCGAUGGAAGGUAGUCUCUGGAAACACUUACCUGGGCUCUGCUGAUGCUUCUUCUGUGGACAAGAUCAUCGUCCACAAAUAUUACACGUCAGGACACAACGACUAUGACAUUGCCAUGAUACGACUUGAGUCUCCCAUCACUGUAGGAGAAUCCCGCAGGCCAGUAUGUCUGCCACCUCAAGAUCUUGGUCUCAAAGGAGGAGAAAACUUAGUUGUGACCGGCUGGGGACAUCUGACAGAAAAAGGAAAGUUGUCUUCAAAGUUACAGAAGGCUCAGAUCCCUCUUGUAGACAGAGACCAGUGCUCAAGCCCCAUAGUGUACGGCGCUUCUCUCACUCCCAGGAUGAUCUGUGCUGGUUAUAUGACGGGGGGAGUGGAUGCGUGCCAGGGCGAUAGCGGCGGUCCUUUGGUGUAUUCAUUCAACCGCUGGAUGUUGGUGGGUGUUGUGAGCUGGGGUUUGGGUUGUGCCAGACAAGAUCAUCCUGGUGUUUACACCAAUAUGGACCAGAUGCUCGACUGGAUCCAUUCAGUCAUGAAGGAGUACCAGUGAGUCUGGGAUGGAGAGAAUAACAGUAAAAGCCACAGCACAGAUUCACAGAGAUCUUCAGUCCUCAGAAAGAAGAUAUUCUAUUGAUCCACACAAAUUUGUGGAGGAAUCGCUGUGGGAGUUUUGCUCAGGGUCUUAAAGGUGCCAUGAGAAAGAUUUUGCACACUGAAAUAUAUCAUGUAUGUACGGUUUAUAAUGAGAACAUAUUGGGUGCCAUGUUAUAUCUUGAAUUAAAGCCAGUGCUCAUUUACUAAAAUUCCAUGAUGCCUUUGAAAGGCUUUACAAAUGUUGCAUAUACUAUUACAUAUUUAAUGAUAAUUUAUGACAUAAGAUACAGAGGCCAACUCUUUUUAUAUAGACUGGGAUUAAGCGCUCAAAAAGAAGAGUGACACCUGUAUUUAACUGCUUUGUGUGUAUGUGAACGCCACAUUUCCCUUUGUGAGCCAGUAUUCAAUCUAAAUGAGUCACAGUCAGUCCCAUCUGGCUUUUCAUAUUUGUUCAGAAAACAUUUUUAAACUGCACACAAAACUAAGAUGCGUCAUUCAACCUGUAUCCAUGUCUUGCAACUUGUUUAACUUAUUAAUGUUGGUUUUUAACUUAGGGUGGAUUCAGGUAAUUAGGGCUUUGUUGACCGUCAUGUCAGUGUCAAAAAAGUCGCCCAUUUUAUCUGAAUUCACCCUAAUUGUGAAAGUAAAGGAUAUUUCUUUGUAAAUAUUGUACAGAUUUGUGUUUGUCAUGUCAAAUUCAUUAUAUUAAAGUGAAGAGUGGUAAA